AUGCCAGAUAAAAAUAAAAAGCGCAAGAACAAUAAAAAUAAAAGGAAGAACAAAGGGCAGCACCAGCCAAGUAAUAAUAAUACACGUAUUUCAACUGAAGCAUGUGACCAGAGACCGGAAUGUGUUAAAAAAACUGAUUGUUCGCAAAUAACAAGAGACGAAAUCACGGAAUCGCAAGUAAAACUUGUUGUUGAAGCUACUACUCACGCAGUGACCUCAAACGUUGAUUCUGAAAUCUCAACUGACUUAAAAGAACUACCAAAAGAAAUAGAAUCUUCUAGUGCUAUACCACCCUAUCAAUCAACGUCAGAUGCAGGCAUAAUAACUAUAGAAAAUACUCAAUUAUUCGAAGCUUAUAAAGUAGAAUCUCCAGAAAAAUCUAUAAAAUCAAUACCAAAAUUGCGAAGUGAUAUAAAAAGUAAAAGUGUUGAUAAUGAUGAUCGACCAAUUAUUGUAGAAAUAGUUGAAGGCUUUGAUAAAAAUGAGCUUAGCAGUUCCUUGGCAGACUCAAAUAAUAUUCUUAUCACUGAAUUUGAGCCUGAGGUUGAAUGGGAAAACACCUGUGAUAUAAAAAACAAUAGUUACAUCGAAGAAGAUAAUGUAGCUCCAGGAGUAUUAUCUGUUAUUACUCUACCACUUAACGUAGCAGAAUGCGAAGAGGUUAAAUCUAUGAGCCCAGAAGAAGAGAAAUCUUUAAGACAAUAUUUAAAUACAUUACAGUUAUCUUCAAAUACAGGUGUUUAUAAAGAAUUGGAAAUAAAUCCAGAAAUAGAACAGCAAGUGAAUCAUGAUAUAAAACAACGCUUACGCAAGAAACCACAGGCUGAAGAAAGUUAUAGUUCUAUGACAGGACCUGCAAGAUCUUUACAUGUAAUUGAUGAAGAAGCAAGCGGGGAAUCUUCGUCAGUUUCGCGUCGUCAUUCUUACCUUAUUGAGAAAAAAAGUGAGGAUGAGGAGUUAGACGAUGAUGUUUUUUAUGCAACAAAUGAAACCAAACCAGAAAUAAAGUUAAGAAAGGGGCGCAAAUCGAAUAAUUUAAUAAGUCAAGAAUGCAUACGUGUUGAUGCUCAGCUUAAAAAUCCAGAGAUAACUGAAGCAAGAGGUUCCUGGACGACGUCGACUGUUGAAAAAAUUACAGGAGCUGAAAUUGUAUAUCUGACAGACUCAUCCAGUAGCACUAGUUCGCUUUAUGAUAAUAAUGAUAUCGAAGAAAAAAAUGACGAUAGUGAUGUGUCUGUUCGUAUUAUAACACCGACUAUUGAAGUCAUUGAUGCUGAUAAAUUCUUAAAAAAUGAUUAUAAUUUUAAUAUUGUCAAGUCACAACUUGAUCAUAAAAUAAACAAUAACGGCUUAAACGAUUAUAAUGAGAAGGUAAACCAGAAUUUUGACAGUAAUUAUUCUGAAAACGAACAAAAUGAAAGAUAUAAUAAGAAUAUAUCUAAAGAAAAUCACGAGAUUCUUGUUUUAUCAACAGACAAUAUAAAUACCAAUCUAUUCGUAAAAGAUGUAGAAAAGAAUAGUUCUGAAAUACCGACUACAUCGGUGGAUACCAAAAAAGUGGUAGAUAAUUAUGAUCUUGAAAUAAAAGUUUUGAAAUGUGAACUUAACGAUGCUAUUAAUAAUUUAAUAAAGGAAGUAGUCUCAGAAACAGAUGCAACGCGAGAAUAUCGCAAUGAUUCAUUAGAACGGCAAGAUUCAUCUAGCAGCGUUGGCUCGUCCCAAUGUACUGCAAAGUAUAAUCCUAAGUGUUCUUCACUUAAUGAUAUUUCUAUGGCUGAAUUUGAUGAAAUUGAUAAAAGUAAUGAAUCCCAGACACAAACAAGCGAAAGUAAAAGUCACGUUAAAGAUGUCAUAACAAAUGUUCAAAAUAUAAACCGCCAUAAUAUUACAUAUGAAAAGGCCAUCGAAACCCCAAGUCUUCGAGAUAUGUGUUUGGAAAAAAUUAGUAACUUGCCAUAUGGUGAACAGAUAUUAGAAGAAUUAGCCAGUGUAUCGGAACGAUUGCAAACAUUAAGUGACCACGCUGCUCCUAUUGGUUUAUCAAGAAUCACAACUUUCAAGGAUACCAAUAGUGUAAUACAAAAUGGAUCUAAUGUCAACACGAUAUCACGUGACAAAGUUGUAACCCCUCCUGCUGUACAACCUCGCAAAUCUUCGUUAAAAAUUAAUCAAGACGAUACUUUAAAAAUUAAUUCUAUAAAAUCAGAGAGUAUGCGAUAUAACUGUCUAUCUCCUUCGCAAAAAAUGUUAAUGGAGACAACCAAUUCACUAUCACAUCUCAAAAAUACAAAAACUUCCGAACAAAAAGAAAACGUAGAAAACAAAAACGAAUUGUCUAAUCCGAUUAAUAAAAAUACGAUUGAUGUGCCAUUUAAAUCACAAACUGGAAGUCGUUUAUUAGCAUUAUUACGUAAUCCAUCAGUGGCUACCAAUUCACAUAAACCAAAAUUAAACGAUGAUAAUAUUUCUAAUAUAUAUGAGAGACAUACAAGUCAAGGCCAUACAAUGUCCAAACCAACAAGAGAACAAAGUAUACAUAGCACCUCAAAUAGUUUGAAGCCUAUACCACCGCCAAAGCCGAGAAAAUAUUCAUCAUCUUUGUACGAAAGUGAUGAGUCAUCAGAUUUUAUUGAUAAUUCUUUUAAGUCAGUGAAAAACCAUAAAAAAUAUUUUCACUUCUCGACCGGCAACUUAAGUCAAGAGAUAGAAGAUGAUAUUUCCUCUAUUCAAAAUAUGCACAGACAUUAUAAUGACAUGUUUAGGCAAGCAAGAGAAGAUCUACAUCCAAGACGUCCAUCUUUGCCUAAAGAUUUAUGUGAUCAACAAAUGGAAUAUAUUCGCCGAAAAGAAAAAGAAGUUGAAGCAGAAAUUGAUCGACUAGAAAGGGAACGAAUUAAUACGCCUCAAAAAAGAGGACCUAGGGCCCCUAUGUUAAAUGAAGAGUUUGAAAGUGAAUCUUUUAAGUCAUUCAAUCGCAUUAGAAAUAGCCAAAGUCACGGGGUUUUACCGUCGCUUAUUUCACCAAGUCCCGGAAAAUUGUCAUCAGUAUUUAGUAAAAGCCAAGAAGAAUUAUUAAGAAAUAAAAUGUAUUCUGAAUAUCUCAGCCAAAUGGCAGAACGCGAGGAAAGAAAACAAAAGAAGAUUAUUAAAAUAACCAAAACACCGUGCUCAAGUAAUUCGUAUUCCAAGAGUUCAUCGGAAUUAACCAUUUUCGAUUCCAAAGUUAACAAUCGUAUUGAAAGAGAAUUUAUUGACAGAGCUAAGGAUAGGUGGAAUAAAUUGGGCUUUAAGGAUCCAGAAACGGAAGAUGAAUAUGAUAGAAACUCUAACAGAGAACCAAAAGUGAUUGAACAUAAAAUAAAAGUGAUUGAUUCGGGUGAAGAAAAAGACGUUCAAAAAUUGCCAAGUCACUUACAAGACUUUGUGAAGUUUAGAGCGAAAGACAAAAGUGUUAAAAGUGAGAGUCCUGGUGAGUCGGAAUCCAAAGAAACUGCUUCGCAUGGUGUGGUUUUGUGUGCAGUGAUAAUAUUAAUAUUAACAAUUACUAAAUAUAUAUUUCGGUUAUUCCGCCGUUGA